CAGCCUAGCGCAGCAGCGCACUUCACAACAGCCAGCUGACACCCACCAGUUAGCCACAGUGGACAGCGUUUCGCUUCUGUUUUCGGCAAUAAAUGAACAGUCGUACGUACGUAUACAUCCUAUGGGUGAGGCAUAAUUAAGAGUAAUUCAUAAAAGUAUGGCGGCUGUACUUAAAAGCUUUGAUAGCUCCUCGUUUGUGUAGCUAGUCAGCUAGCUAAAGUUGAUAGCACGGGAUAGCAUCAACGCUAGCUAGCUAAGUUACAGCGGAUUCUUACAAGCUGGCAUCAAACGGCGUCAACGUCAACCAUGGGGAUACUUUUUACGAAGCUAUGGAGGCUUUUCAAUCAUCAAGAGCACAAAGUCAUCAUUGUGGGGCUGGACAAUGCUGGCAAGACCACCAUUCUUUACCAGUUUUCAAUGAAUGAGGUGGUGCACACCUCUCCUACGAUUGGGAGCAACGUGGAGGAGAUUGUGGUCAACAACACCCACUUCCUAAUGUGGGACAUCGGGGGCCAGGAGUCAUUAAGGUCGUCAUGGAAUACAUACUACACAAACACAGAGUUUGUAAUCGUGGUGGUGGACAGCACAGACAGAGAAAGAAUCUCAGUGACCAAAGAAGAACUCUACAGAAUGCUCGCACAUGAAGAUUUGAGAAAGGCGGGGCUGUUGAUCUUCGCCAACAAGCAGGAUGUGAAAGGCUGCAUGUCUGUAGCUGAGAUCUCUCAGAGCCUCCAGCUUACCUCUGUGAAAGACCACCAGUGGCACAUUCAGGCCUGCUGCGCCCUCACCGGGGAGGGGUUAUGCCAGGGUCUCGAGUGGAUGAUGUCACGGCUGCGCGUGAGAUGAUGACCUUUGACCCUCGACAGGGGAAGCGCUCUGUUCGCGGAAGCGCUCUGUUCUCUCCGCCUCCAGAAACGAG